UUCCAAGUUUCUAAUUGUCUGUCAUAUCGUUGUAUUACUUUAUAACCAAAAAUGCCCCUCGAUUACCGUAGAUUCAACGGCCCAGAAGACAGUAUACCAUACAAACGCUUUACAAAAGAUUAUUUGAAAACUUACGAUGAACUUUAUAGUGAUCUUGUGGGUGAAAAUGAGUUGCGAAAAGACGGGCGUGCGAUGGACGAAUCCCGCAGCAUGUGUAUGUUUUUUGCCAGAACGGAUAUGGUGUCUCAGGCGAAAGGAUCAUCGUAUGUUGAGUUGAAGAAAACUAAAGUGGUAUGCUCGGUAUUUGAUCCUCGAGAAAUACCGCAUCAAAACGAAUUCAGUCAACUGGGGCAAAUAUUCUGUGAGGUGAAGUUCGCGCCAUUUUCGUGUCCCCGCCAGCGGCGUCCACACGCGCCCGACGCUGAGGAGAAAGCCCUAUCGGUGGCACUGAGACAAGCUCUAGAGCCCGCUGUGUGUAGACACUUGUUCCCUAACUAUCAGAUUGAUGUUUUUGUCUACAUCCUGGAGCAUGAUGGAGCUUGUUUAGCAGCAGCAAUAAAUGCUGCAGGCUUGGCAUUAGCUGAUGCUGCAGUCCCUAUGUACGACAUCAUCACAGCAUGCUCCAUUGCCAUCAUUGGAGACCGCAUGUUCACAGACCCCACCGAAUCAGAAGAAAACAUAGCAACAAUGAGCCCACCGACCGAAGGAAAAAAUCACGGAGUCAUUACCAUGUCUAUGCUGUCUGAACUAAAACAAAUAUCAGAUUUUAUACAGAUAGGUUCUAUGGAUGUCGAAUGUGUAACAAAAGCAAUGGAAGUUUUAGAAAAAGAAUGCGAGAAAAUAGUUCCAAAUAUGCAACGGAUUCUUGUUUUAAAUGUAGUACAUUGUUUCGAGAGAAGAAAGAAGUUAGAAGAAGAAGCAAAGGAGAGAGAAGCAGCGUUAGAUGCAAAAAUGGCGGAAUGGAAAGCUUUAUUAAAUGCUGGAUGAAAUCAA